AUGUUGACGGGAGCUCUCAGGGGCGUGCGGACCCGGCGCCGCGGCCCCCUCCCCCGGGGCUGGGAAUGGCGGCGUCUGGCUCCCUGGGGCCAGCUCGGCGUCCCCGGCCAGGAGGAAGCCCCCGGACCCCAGCUGGCGACCCGCGGGCGCCGGGAGACGGGACGCGAAGUUACCUCAGGACGGUCCGGUCGGCGGCGCUGGCGACGGGGCGCGGAGCGGGGGGUCCCGGCGCGGCGGGGCGGCUACCGCAGUGCCCUCCGCCCCAUUGUUUCCCGUCCAAGAAGCUCCCGGCGCAGCAGAGCUCGGGAACCAGGAAGUUCCCCGGCGCGACACCUCCUGCCGCCGCUAUGGAAACGGCCCCCGCCUCCCAGGGCGGCUCGCCCGGGACCCCGCCUCCGCUUCGGCCCCGCCCGCCUCACGGGCCGCCGCCAACCGUCGCCGCUGCGGCCGCGGCCGCCGCCAUCUUGGCGCGGCCCGGGUGGCCCUUCCCGGCGGCACGUGCGCGCCCCCGCAGCCGCGUGCUCUCGUGCCUGGGACCGCGGGGGCGCGCGCAGCUGCCCAGGGUCCCGGGACGCCCCGGGAUCGAGCGCCUGGCCCGACUGCAGAACCCAGGUCCGGAGCUGAGCUUCAGGCCAUAGCACCAAGAGAGGCUUUUGCUGGGGUCCAAGCGACUGCUCGAGAGGUGGCCGAGACCACGAGGCGAUCACCCAGAGGGGAGGUCACCAGAUGGCCUCGAUUUUCACGUCUGGCUCCACGACUUCCCAACUAUUGGACAUGAUUGCACUUCAUUUGUAAAGUGUUCUCAGUAAUGGUCGCUGUCACACAGGGCUGCCACCUGGAGCAAGACAGUGCUCAGUGGUAAAAGCAAAAAUAAUUGUUCCGUCA